AGCCGACCCGCGCUAACCAGAAAUUAUGUUGAUUCCAGGCACUGACACGUCCCUGGAUACUUAGCCCUUCUGUCUACAGUCCCCUCCAUGUCCUCGUCCAACUCCUCCCCCAACCCAUUUCUUCUCCUCACUCACACCAUCCUCCCCUUCUCACUCCCCAUUUCCAUCCCCUACUCCAAGCCAUCAGCCUGUUACUCUUCGCACCAUCCUCCAACUCAUCGUUCUCCUCCACUCCCUCCAGCACUUCAUCCUUCUCCACCCCGUCACCUCUCCUCCUUCCAGUACUCAUCCACCGCUUCCUUGUCCUCUUUCUCUGCCCUCCCUCUUUAGUUUACCUACCACACACUUUCCACUUCCUCCCUGAACCUCCCCUCCUGCUUCAUGAAUCCCACUCUAUCCUUCACCUCAACCCUCCCCAUCUUCUCAAUCCUCCCUCCUCUCCCUCUCCCAUCCCGCUCUUUUCUUCCUGUUUCCAUCCCCCCACCUUACUCUCACUUCCCUCCAUCUCUCCCUCCCACCCUCUUCCCCCUCCCUCCUCGCCCAGCCUUGCACAUUCCACGCCCUUCCUCUCUCGUCCUCCGCGCCGACCCGACAAUUGACGUUUUGGGGAAGUUUGAUAAUUUAGUGACGCUCCCUUCCGCUGCCCACACGGAAAAGGCGCGGUGGUGGCAGACGGGCCGAGCGGCGGCGCUGCAGCGGCUGGCGGAGGAACGGUGUCGGGAGCCGAGAUCUGGCACAUAACAGGAAUCCCUCUCCAGCUGAAUCAUUGUCAUCCUGACAUAUCCUGGGGUCGCCGAUGGCGGAGGGAACAAUGGAAGCAACUGGAAAGCCCAAGCAGUCGGUCAAAGGGGCAAGGGGCGAGGAGGUGGAUGGAAAUCCAGCAAGGGUGAAUGGGGACCUGAAUGACAACAAGGCCCUGAUAAAUGUAAAGGAGAUGGAGGAGGAGGAGGAGGACGAGGGCAGAAUAUGCAACUUCUGGAGGACCAAGAGGAGAUUUUUCUGGCUAUCGAUCUGCAGUGUGAUCUUCGGGUGUUCCUGUGUCGGCAUCUACGCACUCGUUAGUGCCGUAAAGGCAACAGAGCGGAAGAUUCAAGGCGACGUGGAAGCAGCGAGGAAGUUGCGUCGACGGGCGGUGAAGUUCAGCCACCUGAGUUUCCUGGUGCUGGUGGCCAGCGUGCUGCUGAGUCUGCUGUUCAUUGUCAUCGUGUCCUACCUGGUGCGGCUAGCAGAGUAAGGUGGAGAGCUGAGCGAGCCUGGUCCAGAGCAGGAUAACAAGCACUCGCCACCCUGCUCUACACCCUGAGGCAGGGGGGCCUGCUUCCAAGACUGAACCCAGCAUUAUGGCGUGACUGUUACUCUGAGCCCCACCUCCCACUGGCACUGACCAACUGCAACCGCUGGAUUAGUGCCAUUGACAGUAUUAUUGGGAACUGGGGGAAACUGUUACUGGUGGGGUUCAGUGGGGGGGGGGUUGAUUAUUUAUACUUAACUUAUAU